CAUUUCAUUCGGCGGCGGUUUUCUUCACUAUAGUCGAUAGUUGAUUUCUCUGCCUAUCUCAUCAGCCCCACAGAAUUUUCUCCAAAAAUGGCGUCCGAAGAGCCCUCGCAGAAUCCCACUGGGGAAGAGAACUCCGAGAAGAAGCUCUCCAAGAAGGAGCUCGCAAAGCUAGAGCGGCAGCGCAAGCGCCAAGAAGCGGCUGCCGCAUCUGCUGCGGCCGCUGUUUCAGCUGUAACCCUAGAUGAUCCAUUGGCGGCUAAUUACGGCGACGUACCGCUAACUGACUUACAAUCGAAGGAAGUUUCCGGGAGAAAGUGGACAGAGGUUAGGAAUUUGACUAAUGAGUUGAAGGAUGCGGAGGUAUUAAUACGCGGACGCGCUCAGUCGAUCCGCGCCGUGGGGAAGAAGAUGGCAUUUCUCGUGGUGAGGGAGCGGGGAUUCACGGUGCAAUGUGUUCUGACCGUGGCGGAAGGUGUGGUGAGCCCGCAGAUGGUGAAGUUCGCCACUGCUCUGAGCCGGGAGAGUAUAGUUGAUAUCGAAGGGGUUGUUUCGGGGCCUGGUCAAGCCAUCACUGGCGCCACUCAGCAGGUGGAAAUUCAAGUAAAGAAAAUCUAUUGUGUGAACAAGGCUCUCCCCACGUUGCCUAUUAACAUUGAGGAUGCUGCUAGAAGUGACGUUGAAAUUGAACAAGCUUUGCAGGAAGGCAAGCAGCUUGUUCGUGUGAAUCAGGAUACUCGCUUGAAUUUCAGAGUUCUUGACAUUAGGACUCCUGCUAACCAAGGAAUUUUCCGAAUUCAAUGUCAAGUUGAAAACAUAUUUAGGCAGUUUUUGCUGUCUGAAGGUUUCAUUGGAAUUCACACACCAAAAUUAAUAGCAGGUUCAAGUGAAGGUGGUUCAGCUGUUUUUAAAUUGGAUUACAAAGGAACUCCUGCAUGUCUUGCACAGUCACCUCAGCUUCAUAAACAAAUAUCAAUUUGUGGUGAUUUCGGUCGUGUGUUUGAGAUUGGUCCAGUCUUCCGGGCAGAGGAUUCUUUCACACACAGGCAUCUAUGUGAAUUUACUGGACUUGAUGUUGAAAUGGAAAUUAAGGAGCACUAUUCAGAGGUGAUGGACAUUGUUGAUCGGUUAUUUGUAACAAUGUUUGACAAUUUGAAUGAAACAUGUGCGAAGGAGCUUGAAGCCAUCAAUCGGCAAUACCCUUUUGAGAAACUGAAGUACUUGCGAAAGACCUUACGCCUUACCUUUGAAGAAGGGGUUCAAAUGCUGAAGGAAGCUGGUGUCGAAGUUGACCCCUUUGGAGAUCUAAACACAGAAUCUGAGAGAAAGCUUGGCCAGCUUGUGCUGGAGAAGUACAACACUGAGUUCUACAUACUUCAUCGAUAUCCUCUGGCCGUUCGACCAUUCUAUACCAUGCCAUGCUACGAUAAUCCCAAAUAUAGCAAUUCAUUUGAUGUUUUCAUUCGAGGUGAGGAGAUCAUAUCUGGAGCGCAGCGUGUUCAUGUGCCUGAAUUCUUGACCGAGCGCGCACAAGCAUGUGGUAUUGAUGUCAAGACAAUAUCAACAUAUAUUGAUUCCUUCAGGUAUGGCGCACCACCUCACGGAGGAUUCGGAGUGGGCUUGGAGCGCGUGGUGAUGCUAUUCUGUGCCCUGAACAACAUUCGCAAGACAUCACUUUAUCCACGCGACCCGCAGAGAAUAGCUCCUUAACUGUAUGCACUGAAUUCUCUUUAACUUAUUCAUCACAUUGUGAAGACUUGGAACAACAUGAAAUAUGCUGUGUGGGAACAACAAUGAAUUAUUGAGUACUCGUGAUCUUACCAAAAGGCCGAUAAAAGAGUGGAAGUAGGAUUGCAUACUAUAAAAAUAUUUGCACACGCUUUUUGGUUAUUUAUUGCAAUUUUUACUUUC